CUGGCGAAGAGCAAUGCCCUGCACGGCCUUCGCGGGGAGACAGCCCGGCCCUUCCCGCGUCGCAGGAGUGAGGCAAGCCGCCGCCUAGCUGCGCGCAGGAGGAGACGCCGAACAGGUGGCCAGAGGCAGCGGCUGGCGCGCCAGGAAGGGAGCGGGCGAGCAGCGAGCGAGUGAACGAGCGAGGAGCGAGCAUGCCUGCUUAGCGCUGGCGGCGGCGGCAGCGGCGGCGCCCCGCUCCUCCUCCCCCCGCAGCAUGUGAACGGGCGCCCGCCCGGGCCUCCCCCUUCGCGCCGCCACGGGACUCCGCCGACUUGGUAGCUGCAGGCUCCGCCAGCCGCCCGCCCUCGGGCCGGGCUCCCGCUUGGCGCUGCUGGCCGGGCGCGAAAGCGGGGAAGCGCGAAGGGCGAGCCGAGCGGCGCUCGUCUCCCUCCGCGCUGCCGCCGAUCGCGGGCUGCACGUAGUAGCAGCGGGUUCCGGGAAGCGCCGGGCCGAGGAUCGGGGCCGGGAGCCGCGCUGGGCGGCAGGAUGAAAGUCACCGUGUGCUUCGGCCGGACCCGGGUGGUCGUGCCCUGCGGGGACGGCCAGAUGAAAGUUUUCAGUCUGAUCGAGCAAGCGGUGACCAGGUACAGGAAGGCGAUCGGCAAGGAUCCAAACUACUGGAUACAUGUGCAUCGUCUGGAACAUGGUGAUGGGGGAAUCCUUGACCGUGAUGACAUUCUCUGUGACGUCGCUGACGAUAAAGACAGACUUGAAGCUAUAUUCGAGGAGCAAGAACAACACCAUGGAGGAGAUGGCACCAGUGCCAGCUCCACUGGCACCCAGAGCCCUGAGAUCUUUGGCAAUGAACUGGGCACCACUGCUGCGUCAGCCUUCCAGCCUUACCAACCAACAAGUGAAAUUGAGGUCACGCCUUCAGUCCUUCGUACAAACAUGCCUCUUCAUGUACGCCGCAGUAGUGAUCCUGCGUUAGCUGGACUCUCAACAUCAGUCAGUGAGAACAAUUUUACUGCAGAAGAGCCUUCACGGAAAAACCCCACCAGAUGGUCCACAACAGCAGGAUUCCUCAAGCAAAAUACAACUGGUGGCCCAAGGACUCAGGAAGGAAAGAAGGACGAAAAUUACAGAAGCCUCCCACGAGACACCAGUAGGUGGUCUGCCCAGUUUCUUAGGGACAAUGCUCGCUCAUCACUAAGUGCCAACCAUCCCAUGGUAGAUAAAUGGCUGGAGAGACAAGAACAGGAGGAAGAUGGAACAGAAGAGGAAAAUAGCAGAGUUGAACCAGUCGGGCAUGCGGAUGCUGCCCUGGAGAAUGCUGGCAACUAUUCUUUAGAUGAUAUGGUAAAGCUCGUUGAAGUCUCCAAUGACGGCGGCCCUUUGGGGAUCCAUGUAGUACCAUUCAGUGCCCGAGGAGGAAGAACUUUAGGAUUGUUAGUAAAGCGACUGGAGAAAGGUGGUAAAGCAGAACAAGAAAACCUCUUUCAUGAAAAUGACUGUAUUGUUAGAAUUAAUGAUGGGGACAUCCGCAAUAGAAGAUUUGAGCAAGCACAGCAUAUGUUCCGUCAAGCCAUGCGAACACCCAUUAUUUGGUUCCAUGUGGUUCCAGCAGCAAAGAAAAAGCAGUAUGAACAGUUAUCACAAAGUGAGAAGAAUGCUCACUUCUCCAGUCGGUUUAUCCCCAAUUCUCAAUAUAUGGACAAUAAGAAUGUUAAUCACACUGGACUUGACACAUUACAAAGAAUACCCCGAGUGAGCCAUCAAGCAGAUCAGACGGACUCUUACUCACAACUACCUCAUAGUGUGAAUUCAUCAGGAAAACCACCCCUGGGCCUGGCAUCAUCGCCACAAAGUGUCCUCGUCUCCACACCUCAUAGUGUGAAUUCAUCAGGAAAACCACCCCUGGGCCUGGCAUCACCGCCACAAAGUGUCCUCGUCACCACUUCAAGCACUGGCUAUAAUACCAAAAAGAUAGGGAAGCGGCGCAACAUACAGCUGACGAAAGGUACAGAAGGCCUAGGAUUUAGCAUCACUUCUAGAGAUGUUCCAAUUGGCGGCUUAGCUCCAAUUUAUGUGAAAAACAUCCUACCAAGAGGUGCAGCUAUUCAAGAUGGAAGAUUAAAGGCUGGCGACCAACUCAUUGAGGUAAAUGGAAUUGAUUUAACAGGAAAAACCCAAGAAGAAGUUGUUUCCCUGCUGAGAAGCACCAGGAUGGGAGAGAGUGUAAGCCUCGUCAUUUUCCGCCAGCAAGAAGCAUUCCAUCCAAGAGAACUGAGCACUGAAAAAAGCCAGUCACAAAUUCCAAAGGAAACGAAAGCGGAAGAUGAAGAUCUUGUCUUCAGGGAAUUCCUCACCUUUGAAAUUCCCCUUAAUGAUUCUGGAUCAGCUGGGCUUGGUGUUAGUGUGAAAGGUAACCGGACAAAAGAGACCCAUGAAGACCUGGGCGUCUUUGUCAAGUCCAUUAUUAAUGGUGGAGCAGCUUCUAAGGAUGGAAGACUCCGAGUGGAUGAUCAGCUAGUAGCAGUAAAUGGAGAAUCGUUAUUGGACAAAACGAACCAUGAUGCCAUGGAAACCCUGAAAAGGUCCAUGUCCACAGAGGGAAACAAGCGUGGAAUGAUUCAGCUCAUUGUGGCAAGGGAAAUAAGCAAGUGCAAUGAGUUGGAAUCACCUGGGAGCCCACCAUGGAAAGAACUGCCUAUUGAAGCAAUACUGUAUGACGAGGAGCGUAGGAUUUCCCGUUCACUGUACAGCGGGAUAGAGGGCCCCAGCGAAUCGCCCACCAGGAAUGCUGCCCCGAAUAGGAUAAUGGGUAAAUACCAGCUAUCUCCGACAGUCAACAUGCCGCAGGAUGACAUGGUCAUUAUAGAAGAUGAUAGAUUACCAGUACUACCUCCACAUCUCUCAGACCAAUCAUCUUCCAGUUCCCAUGAUGAUGUGGGCUUUGCAACAGUAGAUGGUGGAGCCUGGAGCAAACCAACAAUCAAUGAGUCAACAGAAUGCCCACUGAGUCCAGAAGUUGAUCCAGCGCUUGCCUUCCAGCGAGAGGGUUUUGGACGACAAAGCAUGUCAGAAAAGCACACUAAGCAUUUUUCAGAUGCCAGCCAGUUGGACUUUGUUAAAACACGGAAAUCCAAAAGCAUGGACUUAGUAGCUGACGAGACUAAACUCAGUACAAUGGAUGACCAGAAAACAGGUUCUCCAACCAGAGAUGUAGGCCCCUCAUUAGGCCUGAAGAAAUCCAGUUCAUUAGAAAGUUUGCAGACAGCAGUCGCUGAGGUAACUUUGAAUGGUGACAUUCCCUUCCACCGUCCACGGCCGCGGAUAAUCAGAGGGCGAGGGUGCAAUGAGAGCUUCAGAGCUGCAAUUGACAAAUCGUAUGAUAAACCUGUUGCAGAUGAGGAUGACGAAGGCAUGGAAACCUUGGAGGAAGAUACUGAGGAAAGCUCACGAUCAGGGAGAGAAUCUGCCUCCACAUCUAGUGACCAGCCAUCCCAUUCGCUGGAAAGACACAUAAAUGGCAGUCAAGAUAAAGGAGACCGGAAAAAAAUUGGGAAGGACAAGAAGAAAGAUCGAGAUAAAGAAAAGGAUAAAAUUAAAGCCAAGAAAGGAAUGCUCAAAGGCUUGGGGGAUAUGUUCAGGUUUGGCAAACAUCGAAAAGAUGACAAGAUUGAGAAAAUAAAAAAAAUAAAAGUGCAGGAAGCUGUUACUUCAGAAGAGGAGAGAAUACAAAUGAAGCAAGAACAGGAGAGAAUUCAAGCCAAGACUCGAGAGUUUCGCGAGAGACAAGCUCGGGAACGGGAUUAUGCCGAGAUCCAAGAAUUAAACAGGACUUUUGGAUGCGAUGGUGACUCAAUGUAUGCUGGAAUUGCUUCAUAUAAUUCCUCCAUAAAUAGUGGCACAAUGAACAAUAGACCACGGAGCCCUAGGGAAGGGCCAACAGUUGAAGCAUUAUAUGCCCAAGUGAAGAAAGCACGCAAUUCCAAGUCUUCACCUGCAGACAGUAACAGAUCAACUCCAAGCAAUCACGAUCGGAUACAACGCCUAAGGCAAGAAUUUCAACAGGCAAAGCAAGAAGAAGAUGUGGAAGAUCGGAGGCGGACCUACAGUUUUGAACAACCAUGGCCAAGUUCAAAGUCAUACUCGCAGAGUGGCAGGCAUUCUGUAUCGGUCGAGGUUCAGAUGCAGAAGCAGCGCCAAGAAGAAAGGGAGAGUUUCCAGCAAGCUCAGCGGCAAUACAGUUCAUUACCCAGGCAAGGCCGGAAAAAUGCAAGCUCUGUGUCUCAAGAUUCUUGGGAGCAGAACUAUCCUCCAGGCGAUGGUUUCCAAAGUGCAAAAGACAACCCGAGGUAUUCCAGCUAUCAAGGCUCCAGGAACGGCUACAUGGGAGGCCAUGGCUUCAACGCCCGGGUAAUGCUUGAAACUCAAGAGCUGUUGCGUCAAGAGCAGAGGCGGAAAGAGCAGCAGCUGAAAAAAAAGACAUCUUCUGAAGGGUCCAGCAACUAUGACUCCUAUAAGAAAGUUCAGGACCCAAAUUAUGCCACUCCCAAAGGUCCUUUCAGACAUGAUGUACCCCCUUCGCCAUCUCAGGUUGCCAGGCUAAACAGAUUGAAAGCACCAGAAAAGGGAAGACCAUUUUAUUCUUGAGUCGAAGAAAAAGGUCAACGUCCCAUGCAAUAAAGGAACAUUUUCAUAUGAA